AUGUGGAAGAGAUCGUUCCAUUCGCAAGGCGGCCCCCUGCGCGCCAGGACAAAGUUCACCAAACCCAAACCGAAACAACCGGCCCUCCCCAAGGACAAAAUAAGGCUGCCUACGCAAUUGACCCAUCACUCCAACGACCUGAGGAUCACGGACCCCAUCCCGCCAACCACCUCGAACCUGCGCUGCCCCGAGGACCACCCGCUGUGGCAGUUCUUCUCCAACAAAAAAUUUAUCAGGUCCGCCGACGACUUGCCGCCCUCCGGCCACAUCAGGCCCUGGUCCAUCCCUGAGCUGAGACACAAGUCCUUCACCGACUUGCACUCACUUUGGUACAACUGUCUCAGGGAGCAGAACGUGCUCGCCCGCGAAAACCAUCUCCUGAAGAACAUUGUCGGCUCCACGCACGACGAAUUCAGCGAGCUCUCGCAGUCUAUCAGAACCACCAUGUGGCAGAUCAGACACGUACUCAACGAAAGAGACCUGGCCUAUACCGCUUCCCGGGAGUUUCUACAGGACGAAUCGCAGAGGGAAACGUUUCUGGACACUUUGACCAACGACCACUUCUUGGACAAGGACGUCCCGGACGACGAGGUCGCAUCCAUGCUCACGCGAUUCCAGUCGGCCGUCUUCGGAAUCUCGGAAACCAUCCAGGACAACACAGUCGACGUCAGCUUUGUCAACGGCAUCAAGUUCUUGGCAAACCUCAAGCUACAGCGGUUCAAGGACUCCGACGCCCUCGUGUCGGAACUGUCACGCGACCCCAUCACAGACGUCGGCGAGUCCUUCAUCCUGUUCACCUCCGACUUCGAGCCUCGUGCCGUUCAAGAAGCUUGCGUGGCUAUAAGAGACCUGAGGAGCUCCCCAGAAAACAAAGUUCCCACACUAAACGAACUGUCCACCGUCAGGAAAUACUUGAAACAACUAGUUCGUGCAAAUUCCGUGGAGCAUGCAACUGCAUAA